CUAGGACGGUUUCAAAGAUUUAUGUAACUGCAUUUUUUUAGGAGGACAAAGAAGCUAUGUUCAAGCUAUGCACUUGGAUCAGUGAUUGAAGUUAUAGACAGGCUAAACAACAAGGCAAUGUAAAGCACAGCUGAGGAUGAAAAGGAAGACCGACACAGCAGAGCGUUGGUUUGCGCAUGCGUUACUGGAGGAUGCAUGAGAGGAAAAAAAAAGACAAAAGAGGUCGUCACAUGAUAGCUUUUUUUUUGUCAGGGGCUGCCUUUGGAAAUUUGACGAAACGUCUUUUCUACCUGGAAUAUCGAGAAGGAGCCGUGUGGACAGUGGCUGCGAGAACGUGCAGAAACCUCAAGGAAAGAGCUCCUCUGAACAUAAAAGUUUCACUCUCCAGCAGAUAGGAUGCAGAGGGACAUUGUGGUUUACGAAAUUAAAAUGAGGAAACAGAAGGAUGAACUACUAGCCAAGAGGGUGGAACUGAAGUCGGACCGUAAAGCCCGAGCCAUGGCUUCCAGAACUAAGGACAAUUUUAGAGGCUAUAAUGGAGUCCCAGUGGUAGAUGUUCCUAAGAAGAGGGAAACCAAACAAGAAAUGGAGGAAGAGAGAUCAAUGAACCAGGAGAACUUGGGAAUUACUCUAAUGAUCCAGAGGAUGAAGGGGACAAUUAUGAGUAUGAUCAAACAGAUUCAGAACCAGAACAGGAGCCAGAGCCACUGAGACCAGGGAAAAAUACUGGUGUUAAUGGGAAUAGUAGGAUUGUUAACACCUCCUCUAAGAUAUCCAAUGGGCCCCCCAAAGCUACUACAAUAAUAAAUAAAUUCUGUAAUUUUCAUAAAAAACUAUUAAUCUAGUUUUUUGAAAUAUUCCCUCUUUUG